UUUCUAACCAUUUAAUGUCAAAAGAACAUAUUGAAUGUUUAAAAGUGCAUCGUUUGUCUACUAUAUUAAAAGAAGACAAAACUAAAGAAGCUCCUUUAGAUAAAUUAAUCUCUGUUCAAAACCUAAAGGUAUCUCAAAGAAUCAGUGAGUUAAUGUGCACUGUUUUUAAUGAUGCUAAACGGGGAACUAUUAGUGCAUGGUCAUGGCCUUCUUGUGAAGUUGCUUAUUUAAAACGACAAAAACUAGAUAUUCAGCAAAAAUUUAGUCCAUUAAAACCUUUGGAAGGAGAACUUCAAUAUAUUAAUCCACCUGGACAUAGAGAAAUGCUUCAACAUAUAGUGCUUGCUGAUAUUCCUGAGCUGAAAAAUAAACUUUUGUCUUGUAUUUCAGUUUCUUUACGAGUUGAUGGUUCUGUUGAUCGCUUUCAAAUAGAUAAUAUUCAUGUAAUGUUGAAAAUAAUUACUAAAGAAGGAAACAAUGGUUUACUUUUUUUGGGAUUUGAAGAACCAGAAACCAGAGGUGCUUUAGGUUACUAUAAUGCAAUAAAAAAGUCAAUUGAACAUUAUUUAGCUUGGGAUAAAAUACUUCCACUUAUAUCUUCUCUUGUCACAGAUGGUGCUUCAAUUAAUGUAGGAGAAAAAAAUGGUUUAUGGGCAUUGAUAACAAAUGAUAGGCUUUUGAUUAAUAUGCCUUUAAUAAAAGUUUGGUGCGCAGUACACCGCAGUGCGUUAGCUUGGGAAGAACUUACAGCAAAUGUCGUGGAAGUAAAAAAAAUUAUUGAAUCAUGUACAUCAAUAGCAACAUACUUUCAUCAGUCUGGUCUUCGUACUAAAGAAUUAAAAAAAAUUGCAGAUGAGAACAACAUGUCUUUGUUACAUUUACCCAAAUAUUUUGAAGUCCGUUGGACUGAAUUUACCUAUAAAUUAUUUUAUGGAAUUAUAAAAAACUGGUACAUUUUAGUAUGUUAUUUUAAUAAGAAAAAAGAAGAAGGAAUUGUCAAAGAAAAAUCAGUAGCAGUUGGAUUUUUAAAAUUUUUGACAGAUUUUAAUAAAUUAAAACUCUUAUGUUUUCUAACAGAUCUGGGUUAUGUCUAUGGACGAUUUCAAAAACAAAUUCAAUCAGAUGAGACUUUAAUUUUUGAUGUGGAAGACAAAAGAGACAGUGUUAUACAUAUUAUUAGUACAAUGAAAGAAUCACCACUUGUUGGAGGUUGGGAAGAUACUAUUAUUAACACUACAGAUGUGUCAUAUAUUUCCAACAGUGAGAAAGAUACAACAACAUUUAUGCUUAAAGGGUUCCAGCUGUUUGACUAUGUUUCAAAUUCUAGAAGAAAAAUUAACCAUCAAUAUGUAACAGAUAAUAGAUCUUUUGCUGCUAUUCGUAACGAUAUUCUUGAACAUAUUUAUAAUUACAUGCUCAAAAGAUUAGAUACAACCAACUGGUCUAAAUUAAAGCCACUGAAGAUUAUAAAAAUGUCAGUAUCAGAUAUGGAACUAAAAGAAUGUCAUUCAUUAAUUUGUCCAGAUUUUAGUUUAGUUGAUUUUGUGACUUCAUAUAAAGAAGCGUCUGGACAUUCUCAGAUUAAAGACAAGCUUAUUUCAACUAGUGUUCUCAAAAUAUUGAUAAAUUGUGCAAGCUGGGAAUCAUUAACUGUUUCAAUAGCACGUGUUCUUGCAAUGAAACCUCACAGUGCGGAUGUUGAGCGCUUAAUCAGUUACUACAAUGUUAUUAAAACUGCAGACCGUUCACAAUUAUCUCCAGAAACAAUAAAAGAUAGUCUUUAUAUUAAGCUGAACAUGCCAACAUUGAGUGAAUUCAAUCCUCAUAAUGCAGUACUAGAAUGGCUUAAGUCAAAAAAAAGACAUAAUAAGGCUCAUACUUAUGCAACCAAACAAAAGUGGUUUGGGGGAGUUUUCCCAGAAGCAUCAGAAAAAUCAACUCUUUCAAUGGUAGAUGAAACAACAAUUAACUCAAACCUCAUCCAUUUUUAAAUUUCUAAUUAUAAUUUAUUGAUAUUGUAUAACUUAAUUAAAUAUAUACAAACAGUAAUAAAAAGAAGACUAAUAGUUAGAUUAGGUACUUACAUACUAUAUUAUUCACAGUUUUUAAAUUGAACAUUAUCCAUAAUUUAUAUA